AUGAGCCAAACCGAGGCCCAGCUCAAGGAUGUUGCCAUCCUGGGCACUGUGAGCACCGAAGCUCGCAAGAUCCUCACCAAAGACGCCUGUGCCUUCCUAGCCAUCCUGCACCGCACCUUCAACCCCACCCGCAAAUCCCUCCUCCAGCGCCGCAUCGACCGACAGGCCGAGAUUGACAAGGGCCACCUGCCCGACUUCCUCCCUGAGACCAAGCACAUCCGCGAGAAUGACGCCUGGAAGGGCGCUCCCCCGGCUCCCGGUUUGGUCGACCGCCGUGUGGAGAUCACAGGUCCUACGGACCGGAAAAUGGUGGUGAACGCUCUCAACUCGGAUGUCUGGACAUAUAUGGCGGAUUUUGAGGACUCCAGCGCCCCGACGUGGGAGAACAUGAUUAAUGGUCAGAUCAACCUCUACGACGCGAUCCGUCGACAGGUCGACUUCAAGCAAGGCAACAAGGAGUACAAGCUGCGGACAGACCGGGUGCUGCCGACAUUGAUCGCACGGGCUCGAGGCUGGCACCUCGAGGAGAAGCACUUCACCGUGGACGGCGAGCCCAUCUCGGGCAGUCUGUUCGACUUUGGGCUGUAUUUCUACCACAACGCGAAGGAGUUGGUGGCCCGCGGGUUCGGGCCCUAUUUCUACCUGCCCAAGAUGGAAUCGCAUCUGGAGGCGCGGCUGUGGAACGACGUGUUCAACUUGGCGCAGGACUACAUUGGCAUGCCGCGGGGCACGAUCCGCGGGACCGUGCUGAUCGAGACCAUCACCGCGGCGUUUGAGAUGGAGGAGAUCAUCUACGAGCUGCGGGAGCACAGCUCGGGUCUCAACUGCGGCCGCUGGGAUUACAUCUUCUCGUUCAUCAAGAAGUUCCGCAAGCACCCCAAUUUUGUCUUGCCGGAUCGCUCGGACGUGACGAUGACGGUGCCGUUUAUGGAUGCCUACGUUAAGCUGCUGAUCAAGACUUGCCACCGACGAGGCGUUCACGCUAUGGGCGGAAUGGCCGCACAGAUCCCCAUCAAGAACGACCCCGCCGCCAACGACAAGGCCAUGGAGAGCGUGCGUGCCGACAAGCUGCGCGAGGUGCGUGCCGGCCACGACGGAACGUGGGUGGCUCACCCCGCGCUGGCCGCCAUCGCCUCGGAGGUCUUCAACACCCACAUGCCCACGCCGAACCAGCUCUUCGUGCGCCGCGAAGACGUCCACAUCACCGCGAACGACCUGCUGAACACCAACGUCCCGGGUAAGAUCACCGAAGAGGGCAUCCGCAAGAAUUUGAACAUUGGUCUUUCCUACAUGGAGGGCUGGCUUCGCGGAGUAGGCUGUAUCCCCAUCAACUUUCUCAUGGAAGACGCCGCCACCGCCGAAGUCUCACGCAGCCAGCUCUGGCAAUGGACCCACCACGGCAUCACCACCGCGGACGGCAAGAAGGUCGACAAGGCCUACGCCCUGCGGCUGCUGCAGGAGCAGGCCGACGAGCUGGCCGCCAAGGGCCCCGCCGGCAACAAGUUCCAGCAGGCCGCCCGCUACUUCGCCAGCCAGGUCACCGGCGAGGACUACGCCGACUUCCUGACCUCCUUGCUGUAUAAUGAGAUCUCCUCGGCGGGCAGUGCCUCGCCGGCGGCUAAGCUGUAG